UAAAAUGUUUCAUUCAACAUGUUUCUUGUUUGUGUAGGAGGGAGAAUUAGAAGGCAAAAGACAGAGGCCAAGAGCCUCAUAGAACCUUCACAGGAGAGGAUCAAGGUUUUAGAAAUGGGUAGAAGUCCAUGCUGCUCUAAAGAGGGCCUCAACAGGGGAGCAUGGACUACCCAAGAAGAUAAAAUCCUCACUGAUUACAUCAACACUCAUGGAGAAGGCAAAUGGAGGACACUCCCCAAGAAAGCAGGUCUCAAAAGGUGUGGAAAGAGCUGCAGGCUAAGGUGGCUCAAUUAUCUGAGGCCUGAUAUCAAAAGAGGCAACAUCUCUGAUGAAGAGGAGGAUCUUAUCAUUAGACUCCACAAACUCCUCGGCAACAGGUGGUCUCUAAUAGCAGGUAGACUGCCAGGGCGAACAGACAAUGAAAUCAAGAACUAUUGGAAUACAAAUUUGGGCAAGAAAGUUCAGCAGGGCUCAACAAAGGGGCCAAGCCCAACUUUGAAGAGGUGGGAAUCCAUGGCGAAGAAAGAGGAUGAGAGAUCUGACCCAGUCGAGGCUCGAGUGGUUCGAACCAAAGCCUCAAGGUGCACCAGGCUCAAGGCCCCGCCACACCUACUUACACCCAUCGUCCCAACUGUUUCCAUGACCGAACCUAUGGCUCACGAAAGUGAACCCACUCAUUGUACAGCUCCAAAAACUCCAUCUUUCCCUUCAACCUUCAUGGAUUUCGACUUAGGAGACCUCUGCAUUGACACUCAGUUUAUUCAGUCAUGUGGGGAGUUGAUGUUAGAGAGAAAAGAAGAUGAGUUUGAUAGACUAUCUCUCUCUCCUCAACAAAACCUCUCUCUAGAUGGUGGAGAAUGGAUGGAAGAGGAGUUUGAAGAGGGGAAUGCUUCGCAUGAGUUUCAAUCCUUGGCCGCAUUCCUUGACUCUGAGGAGGAUUGGCUCACUGAAUGAAUUACUUACCCUUUGUAAACUUCAGAAAUGACUGUUGGAAAUUGUAGUUAUUACCAUCGGAAAUGUAGUUAUUAACGUCGACCACUUGAAACUAUGUACGGUGAAUAAAAAGUGGACAUUCUUAACGUCUUUGUCGUA